AGUACGAGCCGGCACACGCCUCCUUCCCCCCCCCGGUUCGACCAGUUACCCUCUCUGCGUCAUUGAUUUGAUAAACCCUUCUAAAACCCUAUAAAUCCAAAAUGCGUACCACGCAAUCACGAUCACAAUUACAGUCCCAAUGACGAGAACUUGGAAAAUUUGGAACACAGUCCAGCAACCACAGCUGCUAUGCCCCCACCGCGGAUCAUCGUCCCUUUCCAAUUCGUAACUUCACCUUCUUUAAUCCUUACCAAAUACAAUAUUCGUCCGUCUUCCCGCCAUGUUUGUACCGACGUCCGAUCCUCCCAAUCGCAGUUAACUAAUUUAUUCCGUCUGUUUAUAGAAAAACUCUCUGUCCGAGACGCCGGUAGGGGUUCUGGAGAUGAUGUGAGAAAGAAAGUGACAGAUUUCAGAGAGGAUUUGUUGCGAAGCGGUGACGAUUUGGAUAAGGCAGUUGGGGUUUUGGAGGAGAAAGGCGAUUGGUUGUUUCGGAGUUACAGCGAUGGAUCUGCGGUACUCGAGCUAUUGAGGCAGUUGCGCUCCUGGCCUCACUUAGCUCUUGAGGUUUUCAAUUGGAGGAAAAAGCAGGCAAGAUGCAGCAUCCCUGUGACACCAGAGGAGUAUGCUAUGGGUAUUACAAUUGCUGGUAGGCUUAAGAAUAUAGAUCUUGCAGCUGAGCUUUUUGUUGAGGCUAGUGACAGGCGAAUUAAAACAACCUCUACAUACAAUGCUUUGAUGGGAGCUUACAUGUGGAAUGGUCUUGCAGAUAAAUGUCGCUCACUUUUUCGGGACUUUAAAAAGGAUGAAAGUUGUAGUCCAUCUAUUGUAACAUAUAACAUUCUCAUAUCAGUCUUUGGUCGUUUAUUGAUGAUUGAUUGCAUGGAAGCAGCAUACCUGGAGACAAAGGAGUUAAAUCUUGACCCCAAUUUGAGCACCUAUAAUAAUUUAAUUGCUGGAUAUGUGACCGCUUGGAUGUGGGACAAGAUGGAAGAGACAUUUCAAGUAAUGAAGACUGGUCCAAUUAAGCCUGACCUUAACACUCAAUUGCUAAUGCUCCGAGGAUAUGCAAACUCAGGGCAUUUGGAUAAGAUGGAAGAGACGUACAAUUUAGUAAAACACCAUGUUAAUGACAAGGAAAUUCCACUUAUCAGGGCCAUGAUAUGUGCAUAUUGUAGGAGUUCCGACAAGGAUAGAGUUAAAAAAAUUGAAGACCUAAUGAGACUCAUCCCUGAACAUGAGUAUAGACCUUGGUUGAAUGUGCUGUUGAUUAUGGUCUAUGCCCAAGAAGAUUGCUUAGAGGUGAUGGAAAACUCCAUAAAUGAGGCAUUUGAGCAUAAAACCUGUGUAACAACAGCUCGUAUGAUGCGGGUCAUCGUUGCGAGUUAUUUCAGGGGUAAUGCAGUAGACAAGCUUGCUAAUUUUGUGAGUCGGGCUGAAUGUGCUGGUUGGCGAAUAUGUAGAUCCCUCUAUCACUGCAAAAUGGUCAUGUAUGCGUCAGAAAGACGCUUGGAAGAAAUGGAGAGCGUACUUCAACAAAUGGAGAAUGUCAAAAUGAGACGAGUGAAGAGGACAUUCCAGAUAUUGUACAAAGCAUACAAAAGAUAUGGUGAAAAAUAUAAGUUUGAUCAAGUAAUGGGACUGAUGUUAAAGUAUGGGUAUGGCAUUCCUCUGGAUUCUUCUUUGUCAUAAGGCACUGGAAAUCUCCCUUUAAGUGUUCAGCUGAUCGUCAUGAAUGGUUCAUCACAUCUAUGCAAUGGGACUGGAGACCGAACAAUUUAUAGGGUUGUUGAAAUGCUGAAUGCUUGAGAGGUCAAAACCGAGAUUCUAGCCAGUAAUAUUCUUCUGCUCGAAGCUGGGGCCGCUUGACUCGAUUUUGUAGAAUAGUAACUGACGCAGGAGAGGCAAACUUUUCUUUGAAUUGAGAGUAAUAAACUUGAGAGGGAUUUAAACUCACAGGAGUUUUGCUUCUGUUUGUCAUCAUUUGAAGCAGAGGAGGCUGGGUUUCCAUCUUGGCAAUUGCAAAUGGUGAUUAUUUCUAAAUCUUAUGGUGUAAAAUAUUAUGGAUUGUAGGAAUAGUUCUCAUAGUGAGAUCAUAAUCUUAGCAAUUCUCUUCUACCAUUGCUGGAGCUUGAUUGGUGCCGUCGAAAUUGCGCGAGUCAGAUUUUGUAACUGUAAGUUGUAAUGCUAAAAUAUGUUUAGCAGGAGACAAGAAAGUUAACCAAUUUGAAUAAUGAUGAUCUAAUUUAUUCUGCUA